UUUUGAAAAAAAAAAUUUUUUUCUUAGUUUUUGUUAUACAAUUUUGUAAAUAAGUGAUUUUUAUCCUUCACUGAUGUGCGCUAAUGAGGCUGCAGUGAUGGGCACUGAUAGGCUGCACUGAUGGACACUGAUAGGCAGCUCAGAUGGGCACUGAUAUGUGGCAUUGAUGUGCACUGGUAUGCACUGAUAUGUGGCAUUGAUGUGGCACUGAUGGGC